AUCUGAUGCCCUCUCAAGAGUGUACACAGUUCACCUGCUUAACUCAGAAUGCUUUCACCUGCAUCUUCUGUUGCAUGUUGCCAAAGGUCCAACUUCCUUUCAUGACCUUUGUACUAUUAAUGGCCAUAUUUGUUCCUCCUACAAAGAAGCUUGCCCCGAAUUAGGUCUUCUUGGUGACGAUGACCACUAUGACCACACCCUCCAAGAAGCAUCACCGUUGCAGUCCCCCAUUGGUCUUCAUAAACUUUUCACCAUUAUGCUGGUGUACUGCAGUCUUGUGAAUCCAUAAUCUUUCUGGGAGAAAUAUCGCUACAGCAUGUGUUUGGACAUCCUUAUGCAAUCUCACUUAUAUAUCAACAGACAUGACUUUACAGUUUACACUUGCAAUGUACAACUGUGGCCUCAUACUCCUAGAAGAUACCAUUUUGGAAAUGGGUGGUCAUCCCUCAAACAACUAAUGUGACGAAUCCCCUUACAGAGAAAAUGAGGCACUUUGUAACUAGCACUUACUAAGGGAGACAUGCUACAACGUUGCCAGGCUUCUAUCCUACAUUGAAGAAAGAGAAAAACUUUUGAAUCCUGCACAAGCUGUUGUCUAUAAUUCUAUUUUGAUACUGCUUGAAGACACCACUGGUGGCAUCCUCUUCCUUGAUGCACCAGGUGGCACAGGAAAGACGUUUCUCCUCAACUUCCUCCUUGCCAAAGUUUUCCAAAGUGGAUAGAUUGCCAUUGCAAUGGCAUCUGCAGGAAUAGCAUCAACACUGCUAGACGGUGGAAAAACAGUCCAUUCAACAUUUAAGCUUCCCCUUAACAUCAGCCAUGUUGAAAAUCCUAUCACCAAUAUAAACAAUUCUGAUGAGGCAGUUGUCUUUCAAAAAUGCAAAUUGAUGCCUGGGACGAGGCAACAAUGUGCCACAAGAAUGCACUUAAUGCAGUUAACACAACGCUACAAGACCUGUGCUCCAACUAUAAACUAUUCAGAGGCGUUGUUAUUCUUCUUGCUGGGGACUUUCGUCAAAGCCUUCCUAUUAUCUCAAAAGGCACACCAGCUGAUAAAUUAAACACUUGCCUUAAAAAUUCUCAUCUUUGGUGCUCUGUCCAGUUGAGAAUGUUAACCAUAAACAUGCAUUCCAUUCUCCACCAACAAGAUGAUGACGGUAAUGGAUGUCGGUAAUGGGAGCUUACUACUCAACGUAAACGGUUUGGCUGACAUAAGUAGCAUCGGUAAGUAUGUCUCCAGCCCUGAGGAGCUAUGUACAACAAUUUACCCCAACCUCUCCACCAAUUACAUCAGUCAUGAAUAGAUGUGUGAAAGAGCCAUCUUAGCUCCAAUAAAUGCCGCAGUCCAAGCCCUAAACACAUGUCUGCUUCGUCAACUUCCUACCCAAGAGCGAUGCUAUAUUUUGGUUGAUUCAGUUACUGAUCCAACACAAGUAACGUUUUUCCCAACAGAAUUUUUAAACUCACAAGAACCAUUGGGAUUGCCACUGUAUAAACAUAACCUUAAACUUGGUUGUCCUAUUAUACUCUUGAGGAAUUUGGAGCCUCCUUGGCUUUGCAAUGGCACAUGUUUGGCUGUUAAGCAAAUGUUGGAUAACAUUCUCAAAGCCACAAUCAUCACAGGAAAAGGCACUGUGACCAAUCCUGCAAAUGGAGAUGUUAUUGGAGAAGUUCCUGAUUUUGGACCUGAAGACACCAACAAAGCUAUUGAUGCUGCUUAUAAAGCAUUCUACACAUGGAAGAAAACAACAGCACGUGAGAGGAGUAAAAUUUUGAAAAAAUGGUUCCAAUUGAUGGAAGAUAACAAAUCUGCUCUUGCUGAACUACUGACAUUAGAACAGGGAAAGACUUUGUCAGAUGCUACUACUGAAGUGACUUAUGGAGCAAGUUUCUUUGAGUGGUUUGCUGAAGAAGCAAAGCGUGUGUAUGGAGAUAUUGCACCACCCACAGCUACUGAUCGACGAAUCCUUUUACUGAAAGAGCCAAUUGGUGUGGCAGGACUCAUUACACCUUGGAAUUUUCCCAUUGCAAUGAUUACCCGGAAGCUCGGUGCACUGCUGGCUGUUGGUUGCACCACAGUUAUAAAACCUGCUGAAGAUACACCCCUGUCUGCUCUUGCUCUUUGUCAGCUUGCAGAAGAAGCAGGUAUUCCUGCUGGAGUUGUUAAUGUUGUAACAUCUUCCAGAGAUAAAACUCCCGCUGUAGGAAAGCUUCUCUGUGAAAGUCCUAAAAUAGCAACCAUUUCCUUCACAGGAUCAACAGGUGUGGGAAAGGUCUUGUUGUCAAAUUCAGCAUCAACAGUGAAAAGGUUAUCUCUUGAACUUGGUGGAAAUGCCGCAUUUAUUGUAUUUAAUAGCGCUGAUAUUGAUAAAGCUGUCAGUGGAGCCAUGGCAUGUAAAUUCCGUUGUUCUGGUCAGACAUGUGUGUGUGCAAAUCGUUUUCUUGUCCAAAGUGGAAUUCAUGAUGAAUUUGUCAGGUGUUUUGCUAAAGCCAUUGAAACUAAUUUGAAGGUGGGUGAUGGCUUGAAGCCUGGAGUGACUAUGGGUCCUCUUAUAAAUUCAGCUGCUGUUGACAAGGUUGACUCUCUUGUCAAAGAUGCCUUGUCAAAAGGUGCCAGAAAGGUUUUUGGAGGUGAAAAACUCCCAAUUGGGAAAAAUUUUUUUGAACCCACCCUAUUAUCUGAAGUAACAACUGAUAUGCGUUGCGCCAAUGAAGAAAUUUUUGGACCAUUGGCACCUGUAAUCAAAUUUGAAACAGAAGAUGAAGCAGUCACUCUUGCUAAUGCAACAUCAUAUGGACUCGCUGGGUACUUCUAUUCAACAGACAUUUCUCAAAUUUGGCGUGUUGCUGAAAAGCUAGAGACUGGGAUUGUUGGUGUCAAUGAAAGUUUGUUAUCUGCUGCUGAAUGUCCAUUUGGAGGAGUUAAGGAAUCAGGUAUUGGACGAGAAGGGGGGAAAUUUGGUGUUGAUGAGUUUUUAGAAAUAAAAUAUGUGUGUAUGGGAGGGCUUUAAAUGAAAAUAUUUAUAAUAUAAAAAAUGUCCAAAAUAGAUUUACAAGUGAAAUAUUUUUAUUUUUAUCCAUUGAAUAGGGAUCGGAUAGCUCUUGAUUGAUUCUGAUUUACAGGAAUUGUUGGAGUAAGUGGAUGUGAAACCUGAUGCCCAUUCUAACAUUAACCAUUCAACAAAAUUGGGCAUAAUACAUAUUUUCUUAGCUAAACUGAAUUUCAUAGAAUAAUGUUCAUUGCUAGCAAUCUAUACAAUUAUAUAUUCUGAAAUGAAACACAGAUGAUUUUUGAAUCUUGAAAUACAUAUAAUUUAUAAUUAAUAUCCUUUUUAUUUAUUCUGUGUAUAUGAGAAAAUAAAUGUACUGACUAAAUGAUACAGGAAAUUUCUGUGAUGAUUUAACUUUCUAUAAAAAAUUGGACUUGCAUUUUCUACAUUGAUGUUUAUCAUUUUACUUGAUAAUGUUAAAGAUGCUAAUAUAUUAUAAAUAUAGAUAUAUUGAGAAAAUAUGGCUUUUUUUUUUAUUUGAAAUAUAUUCUCUAUAACACUGAUCUGAUUUGGGUGCAAGGCUUAUAUUUGUUUUAAGUUUAUAUUUCAUUAGCUCCCGAGAAAUAAAAGGCAAAGUUGGCCCUAGUAGGAUUUUAACUUGGACAUUUUAGAAAUAAAAGUUCAACUACUUUAAUUUAUUUAGUUUCCUGUCUGUUGAUUCAAUUAUAGCAACUAUUUUAAGUGUUUUUGUAAUAUUAGCAAGUUACAAACAAGUCAAUGGAGCAUUAUACUUUGCUCUUUUCCAAUUUGUUAAGGUUGCUAAAAACAAACAAAAAAACCAUCCAAUUUUAGCACAUCAUCAAGUGAUUACACUUAAUGACAAAUUUUCAUUCCACAAAUUUAAAACAGACUUAUUGAAUCAAAACUUUUCACUUCCAAAAUACAUUUAAAUAUAUUGCUUUUUAUAAAUUACAAGCAGACAGUUUAGAUUCUUUGUCAUAGGAUGACAAGAGGAUUAGGUAUAGUUGAUAUCAGUUUAGUAAAAAUUAAUAACCUUGUUUUGUAAAGUUUAAAUGUUUGCAUUCCAAGUAGAAUACAUACAGCUUACACAUAAGUCAUGAGUUGUUUAUCAACAGUAGAGGAAUUAUGCAAUUCUUUUCUAGAAAAUGAACAACAUGUGUGUUUUAAUGUUGAUAAUUGAAUACCAUUUGUGAAUAUGUUCAAAGUGAAGAUUGUUGGUUGUGAAUCAGAGUAACAGAUCUCUCACUAUCUCUUUAUGAAAUAUGUAAAUACAUAUCUACAUCUUAGCUCUAAGUGCGCUGGUAAAUGAUAGGCUAAAGACUGAAUACCCAGUUGAGUCUAGCAUCAACCAUAACAAUGUUUCUGAAUUUUUUUCUUCAUAGUAAUCAAUAUGGUGUAUUGAUUUUAUUUACUGUAUUUUUCAAAUGAACAUAUAUUGUUGAUUCAGUUACAUCUACUAACCUAAAUGUUUCUGUAAUUUUAUUAACUAUUGUUUUACUGAGACAUUAAAACCUGUCCAAUUGUUUGAUGGGAUAGAAGCACUAAUCUGUUGUUAUAUUUUCUAUUUUGCUACUUAUGAAACUUUUUCAGGGUAGAUUUAUAUUUUAUUUGACUGGUAAAUAUCUUUUUCUUUUGUUAUAUGUCUAGCAAUAAAACCAUAGUGACAAAACUUUGUAUUUCAAUGAUAAUUAUUUUUAAAGACAUUAAUGUUAUUUUUUUCUUUGAUUAAAACUAUUCUGAUGGAAAAACUCAAAA